AUCCCAGAGGCAGUUUUGCUCAUUAGAGAAGAUUCUCUCACCUCCUGAGCAUCUCAUUAGCACCAGGGAGGGGGAGUGAUAAUGAGGAAAGGCCUCUGUGCUGGGUGUCAGUGUGGGGGCUCUCAGUUUAGGAUCAUGGGAAAUAUGGGGGGGCAUCUGGUGUGGGCAAAAGCAUCAGCAAUGCCCAGUCUGUCUGUCCCUUUGAGUCUGUGUGUCUGUGCCCAAUUUAGGGAGAGGGAGCUCCAAGAGGGCACAAGGUAACAAUAAGGGUUCUGCCACUGUCACUUGCACUGGGCAGUUGGAUAAGAGGAGCAGGAGCUGCCAUGUUACUGUCCCGGCAUAUUACAGAGCAGCCCCUGGCACUGGAUUAUUAGGGUGCAAGAGUCUGGGAGCUGAUUUUGAGGUCACAUUCAGAUGGGUGUAAAUGGGAUAUGCUUCUUAUCCUGGCACCCUGUACCCCCCACUCCUAUUUUCCCCCCACUUUCUGCUGGGCUCAGUUUGCCUCUUGCAGGAUUUUCCUUAUUUGCCAUCAUUGCCCGUGACCCCUAUAUACCCACUGGCACCCCUACCCUUCAACUGCCCAACCCCCAGCCUUUCCUUCCUAUUUUCAUUGCUGAUGCCCAUUAUUUGCCCCACUGUACCCAGGCAGACAGUUAUGGGCGAGGCUCAGGGCACAAGGGGAUAAUUGAGGAGUCAGGGAAUGUCAGUGCCACUUCCCCCCCCAGCACCCAGGUAGCACAUGAUAUCCUUUGUCACUCCCUGGCGCUCCCACCUGGCACCUACCCCUCCUCCCUCUCACUCCCAGUUGGACUGCAACCUCCCCAACUCCAACACACAGCUCUGCUCUGCCAGGGGAGCUGAUGGGCAUCAAAGUGCACAGCCCCCCAGCCUUCCUGUGCCUGUGCUGCUUGUGGCUGGUGCUCGUGGCUACCUCUCCCCGGGACCAGGAUCAAAUCCAGGCGCUGCCCCGGCUGUGGACCCCCCACUAUAUGUACCAUGGAGAGACCGGGGGGCGCUGUCAGGUGGUCUCCACUCAUCGUUGCUGCAAUAGGGAGAGAAUAGAGGAGAGAAGUCAGACUGUGCUGUGCUCCUGUCUCCCCGGGAAAGUGGCCGGCACCACCAGGGACCAACCUGCUUGUGUGGAUGUCUCAAUCGUCACAGGGAAGUGGUGGUGCGACAUGGAGCCGUGCCUGUGGGACGAGGAAUGCCAAGCUCUGCCCGACAACUCCGGCUGGAUCUGCUCCCUGGGCACCCACAUAAGAAUCACCAAGAUUCAGCCUCACUACUGAUCCCUGUUGCCCCUGGAAUGGAGCCCGUGGGACCCAGUGCUGCCCCUUCCUCCCUGACAGAAGCACCAGGGUAGGGGGGGUUUAGAAUAAAAUGUGUCACCCCCGGAAACAAAAGCUCACAACCUGCCCCCACUGACAGCAAAGAGUGAGAAGGCGGUUUCCAAGCAACAACACUCAGUUUAUUCAUCACACAAUCCUGCCGGUGCAAAGGCUUCCUCCUUCCAUCACUGUGGCUCCUGGGUCAGUGCGUCAUGUGACUUGUGUCCUCUCCAAACGGGUUGGCUAAAAAACAAAUGACAAGUGCUAUUGGCUUCAAACCGUUAUGCGCCAUAAUCUUAAUUAAUAACUGGCACCCUCGGGAUCUGAUCAGCACCCAAUCAGAACAGAGUUCAGUAGGAGACAAUGGGGCAGCGGAUCAAUAAGCCACUUCCCGUGCAUCUAUCUGCUGAUUGGCUGCUCAAUGCAUGACAACAAUAAAAGCUCUAACAGUC